CUUUGUUUAGUCAACUGGUGGAUAUGUCUUUCAAACCUGGAAGAGUGGUGCCUCUCAAUGUUCUCAGUAACCAGAUAGUGAAGCUCAAUGAGCUCGGGUCCAAACAGUAUUGGCGUCUUCAAACGAAUAAGCUCGAUGAUUCCAAAACUGAGCAACGCCUAGAAGCUGACUAUAAAUUUAAAAGCUUUGCCAAAACAUGGGAAUUUCUCAACAUGGUUGCAUUGAAAGCAGCCACUUUGAAACAUCACCCCACAAUCAUCACAACUUAUAACAAAGUAAACCUUCAAAUAACAACGCACGACGUGGGCAACUUAAUAACCUACGAUGAUUUAAAGUUAGCAUCAGCAGUGCACGAUGAAUUCGUCGAUAAGUUUUCAAGUGCCAAAUCUAAAACUCCUACGACCACCGAAGGAGAACCUAAUAAUGGCUUGUCUAACGUGGAAAAGACCUCACAGUUAAUCGAUGACUUGAUAAAUAAACCAUAAGGUUUAGCAUACCUCAAUUACUCACUUUUGAGCUACUCCAAGCCAAAAUUUCGGCUUAGUUCAGUCUCAGUUCAUAUAUAAGUAGUACCCGGCUUCUACUUAGUUAUAUACUACUCUCAUUUAGGCAUACAUAGUAAUACAACGUUCC